UAACAUCGUCAAAUGCGCCUGAGGUGACUGCGUCCCUGAACAAAGACUUGGAAAACCUCCGGAAGUGGGCCGAUGCCUGGAAGGUCACUUUUGAGCCCAGCAAGUGCAAGGCAAUAAUCCUGUCCAGAAAGAGGAAUCCCUCUCGACCCGACCUGUACUUUGGGACCACCAAGAUCACCCUUAGUGAGCAGAUGGAGGUGUUGGGUCUUUCUAUAGACAGCAAGCUCACAUGGACCAGCCAUCUGUCCAACAUCUGCAGACGUGCUGGACAACGUCUUGGUGCACUGCGUAAGCUGGCCAACAAGCUUGAUGCCAAGGGCAGGGCCAACAUUUAUAAGACCCAGGUCAGGAGCAUCAUGGAGUACUCCUGCCUGGCCUGGAUGAACGCCUCUCCGACCACUCUUAGGCAGCUAGACCUCAUCCAGAGGAAGGCUCUAAAAAUCAUCGGGGUGGAUGAGGACCUUGCCCUUCAGCAGUACGCCAUCAGCAAGCUGGGUCACCGGCGAACAGUUGCAGCAACAACCGUUCUCUAUAAAAUGCACACCUCCAACUGUCCAGUGGACCUCAAAACUCUGCUACCCCAAGCCCACACCGUGGGAAGAAUCACCCGGAGAGUACUGCCAAGUCACGCCCUGAAAGUCCCCAAGUCUAAAACCAAUUGCCUUGACAGGAGCUUUCUCCACUCUGCCAUAACAACUUGGAAUAGCCUUCCCCCUGCAGUUGUUGGAGAUAUUACAUCUACUGGUGUUCACGCCUUCAAGAAGAGGCUGAACAAAUACCUCCUCAGUAUAUGA